AUGAAGUUGGCCUUAAAAAUGCUCUUGAAAUUAUUAGUGUUAAAAUAAGGUUGUAAAGAUAUGCUAUAUAAGAUUGUACAAAAUAAGGAAUUGAUUCAGAAAUAAGAAAGGCUCUAAAAAAACAAAAUUCAAAUAAUUACUCUUUUUAAAAUUCAUGUGAUUAUGAAUAAAUAAAAAGAGAUUUAAGUAUAUAUGAAGAAAAAAUAAAAGAUGGCAUCUAAAAUGAUACAGAUGAUUCAGGAAAUGAAAAUAUAGCAUUAGAAUUAAUUGAAAAAGACAGUGUCAUAAACAGGGAAGACAGUAUAAUUUAAAGUUAGUAAAAUUUAGUUGAAGAAAAUGAACUGA